UUUGAACUAAGUUAAAUGUUAAUAUGUUUUACCCAAAAACACCAUUUUUGGUGAACCCGUUGCUGGAAGCCGAUAUCCUUAAAGUGAAUGUAUGUACUUUCAAUGUGCACAAAUACGUAUUUACAACAAAAACUGGCUUGCAAAUUUUAUUAACUGUUAAUUCCUGGUUUUGUCAAGUCUGCUGCACUUGCUCCGCUGUUGGAAUGGCUGUGCCUUACUCCCAAAGUCACCACUUACAGGGUGAACACUCUUAGGUGUUCCGUUGACGACUUUCGGAAAAAGUUAGAAGAAAAACUCGCCAUUCGCUACGGUGUAAAAUCUCCAAGGAUUUACUGCUUGCCAAACCUACCCGAGAUGUUGUGCAUUGAUCCGCUGGACUCACAGCUCACCAAAGCUGUGGCCGACUCCGAGCUCAAGGAGGUAGUGGUUGACACUAACUGCGGAGCUGCACUACUGCGAGGCGCCCACAUAUACGCCCCCGGUGUUUUAGCUAUGGAGUCAAACACUGAGCGGGAGGAACUCGUCAAUGUCUACGCAGAUCUGGAUGGAAAAUGCAAGCGCGGGACGGUCAAGCGGUACGAAAGCCCAAAUAAGGUUUUCCUGGGUACAGGCAAGGUGUUAAUGCAGCGGUAUCAGCUGUUCAACAACGCGGAGAAGCCCGCCUCUGGAGUGGCCGUGGAAAUGCAGUCCAACGUCAGCGGAGUGCCCACGCUGGGGGAUCUAAGCAGCGAAGACGGCCUGUUGCAAAACCUGCCUUCUAUUGUUUGCGUCCGUGUCCUGGAUCCGCAGCCCGGCGAGCGCAUACUGGACAUGUGUGCCGCUCCGGGUAACAAAACAAGCCACAUAGCCGAGUUGAUGGGCGAUCGGGGAUCUGUGGUGGCCCUAGACAAUUCGGCCAGUCGCGUCCGCAGCAUGCUGCCCAAAUUGGGACACUACAAAAGCAUAACGGCGCAUGUUUUUAACUCCACCGAGGCAGUGGCAGCGGACGCUCCAUCUGCACCCGUGGGAGAAUUCACUGGGCCUCCGUUUCCAUGUGAAAGCUUUGACCGAAUCUUGCUCGAUGCACCCUGCAGUGGGCUGGGCAACCGGCCACAGUUGUCCUGCAGCAUUAAACAGGUUAAGGUCUUGUCCUCAUAUCCCCAUAUUCAGCGCCGGCUAUUUGAACAGGCAGUGCAGCUCGUUCGUCCUGGCGGCAUCCUUGUAUAUAGCACGUGCACCGUCACCGAGGAUGAGUGCGAAUGUCUUGUGGCCUGGGCACUAAGAAAAUUUGUCGAGCUGCGGCUAACAGAUGCCACUCCCCGGUGGGGCGGUCCCGGACUUCCGCUUCCCGGUUUCGAGGCAUGUAAAUCUCGUCUGUUGCAGCGCUUCGGUCCAAGCGGAGCAAAUGCGGACACUGUGGGCUUUUUUAUUGCGAAGUUUCAGAAAAUAUAAAUAAAUUCAACUUC